GUAUAAAAACUCAAAAAUCGCAAUGAAAAAGCAUCAAAUUCACCAGACUCGCAGUCCAAGAAUGAUGAAGUCCCUCAUACUAUUUGCAGCCCUGUGCGCCACAAUGGUCUUGGCCCAGGAUUCCGUCCAGAUUACAAAAAUCGACCAACUGCCGGUGCAGCCAAAGCUCGCCGUUCGAAAGGGGGCACCAAAACCCAAGAACACGAUCGGCGCACACAUCAUCGGAGGAACGAACGCAACCCAAGGAACUAUCCCUUACCAGGCUCUGAUUUACAUGGACAACUCGUACAUAUGUGGUGGUUCUCUGCUUACCACCAGUUGGAUUUUGACGGCCGCUCAUUGCGUUUCGGGUCACGUCAAUUUUACCGUGUGCUUGGGGACAUGGGACCGAAAUAAUGCUGGAGCUGAAGCGGGCAGCAAGUGUUACGUUUCAUUAUCUUCAAUUGCACAUGAAAGUUUCAACCCAACAACACUAAAAAACGACAUUGGCCUUGUUAAACUACCUUCAGCCGCUGUACUAAGCACCAAGAUCGCAUUGACUCGUCUGCCGAGACGCAGUGACGCCACCAAGUUAUAUGAUGGCGUUCUGGCUACCGCAUCAGGCUGGGGAAGAACUUCAAACUCGACUUCCAGCGCCAGUCGUUUCCUUUUGACCGUCAAGAUGACUGUGAUAACCAAUACUGAGUGUAAUAACACCUUUACCAUCACAGCCUCCAAUGUCUGCACCAGCGGUGCUGGAACCAAGUCCGUUUGCAACGGCGACAGCGGCGGUCCUUUGACGGUCGUGGACACUGACGGACUCCCCACUCAAAUCGGACUCGUCUCCUUUGGCAGCUCUGUGUCGUGCAUGAUUGGCUACCCGCAAGCCUACACCAGGCUCACAUCUUACUUGGACUGGCUUGUGACCAAGACUGGAGUCACCCUGCGAGCCUGAUCAUUUUGAUGAUUCAAAUCUGCUUUCUUUAUCAAAUGUGUGUCUUGCGUGAAAAUAAAAUUUAAUCGAGCA